AUGGCUGCUACAAGUCAAACAGUGGAUUAUGUGCCGCUGAAACUUGUGGUGAAUGAAGAGACUAACACAGUCAUAUUUGCUGAGGCAGGGAAGGAAUUUGUUGAUGUUCUUUGUAGCUUCUUAACAUUUCCAUUAGGAACUAUCACAAGACUUGUUCAAAAAGAGUCAAAUUUGGAACCGGUUACAGUUGGUUGUCUCAACAAACUCUACCAAAGUGUGGCAGAUCUUGACAAAGAGUGUUUGACAAAAGAGAUAAUCAAAGAAAUGUUACUGAAUCCAAGUUACUCAUUGGAAGAUUAUUGCAGCACUCUAAAACUCAACAUUGAUGACACUGAGCCCUUAAAGUACUACAUGUGUACAUCCCAAAGUUUAUUUCAUUGCGAUUGCAUUGAUAUGAUAAGCACUUCCACAGCAUGUAUUGAGUGUAUGUCCGGUAAGACCCCUAUCGUAUAUUAUGUGAAAAAGGAGUGCAAUAAUGGAUUUGUUAAAGAUGGUGCAACUUUUAUUAUUACUGAUGAUUUAAGGGUCAUGCCAAACUCUAUGGAUAUUACAAGCUUUGUGAUGCUCCAGAAUUUGGGAUUAAAGAGCACAAGUUCGCUUAAAGAAAUGACAGUCCAUGUCACAAAAGGAAAGGUACUGGAUCUGCUGAAAUGUUCGUUGGUUUCUAAUUCUCCUCUCACAGAUUUGUUUUUAGGAAUGAAACCAAUACUUGGAUGGUUAUCAAGUAUUUUUUCUUGUGGUGUUGAAAUCACCAAUGAUAUUCAAAUCAACAAUGAUAUUCAAAUCACAGUGAAGCUUGUUGUAAGAAAAACAGAUGGGAAGAUAUUAUAUGCUCAAGGGGGUCAUGAUUUUGCAGACUUCCUUUUAAGUUUUCUCACAUUUCCUUUGGGAGGAGUUGUACGAAUGUUUGGAGGAAAUUGUUCCUUGGGCAGUAUUGAUGAUUUAUACGCUAGCAUAAUUGCUUUGGAUGAAAACCUAUAUUUUAUGAAAAAAGAAGCCAAGAAAAGGAUUGUGGAUCCUCAUUUGGCCCCACAAUUUGAACUAAGCAAACAGAUUUUACCAAUUUGUCAGCCGCGUUCUAGGUUUUAUUGUCAUGACGAUUAUUAUAUAACCUGUGAAGAUACAUAUAUUUCAAACUUUUUUGGUGAAUCAAUGGAUAAGAAAACAGUUUGGGUUGAAAGACUUGUUGAAGAUUACGUUAAGGGGCCUAGAACUUACAUUGUCACUGAUGACUUGGUUGUAACAGAAUGUUCUCCAACUUCUGUUUUACGUUUAAUCAAGCGUUUUCGAACUCCUCUUAAAGAUUUGAAGGAAAAGGUUAUCAACAUUGGUGCUAAUGAGUGUUUGAGCUUAUUGAAGGCAUCUUUAACCACGACAUCAGCUCUAACUAAUGGUCUUGGUCAUUUGAUAACCAAAGUUCAGUAG